AUGGCUGCCGCCACUGCAACCGUGGCCAACAUGGCAGCGCGCAGGCGCCUCUGGACCAAGAUGGCGGCGCCCGUGCAGCCACAUUUAGAUGAGGAGGAAGCAGGACAUGAACCGAGCCUUCGAGACACCCCCGAUGACAUUUCCCUAGACGCAGCAGCGAACACCAUUGCCUUUCACCCUAGCCGGGAUAUCAUAGCUGCUGGAGAUGUGGAUGGUGAUGUCUACGUGUAUUCGUUUUCCUGUCUGGAAGGUGGAAACCAAGAGCUUUGGUCCUCCGGGCAUCAUCUGAAAUCCUGCCGGGAAGUGUCCUUUUCUCAGGAUGGACACAAGCUUUUCACAGUAUCCAAGGACAAAUGCAUUCAUAUCCUGAACGUGGAGGAGGGCCGUCUGGUGACACGCUUUCCCAAGGCGCACAGCUCUGCAUUGAACAGCCUGCUGCUGAUCGAUGAGCAUCUGUUUGCCACGGGGGACGACAGUGGGGAGCUGAAAGUGUGGGACCUGCGCAAGGGCACCUCCAUUAUGGAGAUGAAGCAGCACGAGGAGUACAUCAGCGACAUGGCCCUGGACGGGAACAAGAAGCUGCUGCUGACAGCCAGUGGUGACGGGACCCUGGGGGUCUUCAACAUCCGAAGGCGGCGCUUUGAGCUGCUCUCUGAGCCUCAGAACGGAGACCUGACGGCCAUCUCUUUGGUGAAGAGAGGAAGGAAAGUGGUCUGCGGCUCCAGCGAGGGGACCCUCUACCUCUUCAACUGGGGUGGCUUAGGUGCUGCCAGUGACCGUUUUGCCUUGAAAGCGGAGUCCGUCGACUGCCUGGUCCCCGUCACAGACAGCGUGGUGUGCACAGGCUCCACCGACGGAGUCAUCAGGGCCGUGAACAUCUUGCCCAACCGGGUGAUCGGCAGCGUCGGGCAGCACGUGGGGGAACCCGUCGAGCAGCUGGCCAAGUGUCCCACCGGCCCCUUGUUGGCCAGCUGCGGCCACGACCAGAAGGUGAAGUUCUGGGACAUCUCCUCACUCAGCUCCAUGGUCGUGGAGGACUACAGGAAGAGGAAGAAGAGAAGCGGCCAGCUGAAGUCCUUGAGUGGGAAAGCGCUCGGCAGUGGGGAGGACUUCUUUGCAGGGUUGAGAGAAGAGGUCGCAGGCCCAGAGGAGAAGGAAGAGAACCACAGCGAUGACACGGACAGUGACUGAGAGGCCAGUCCACUGUGCGGGGCUGACUCCUCACAAGAGAGACUCGUUGGGACCGCAAAGGUGAUGAUGGCCCCUGCCUCCACCCAGGCAUUGCGGCGGGUUGCUUGACCUGACCCUGCUUGGCCUGAACGGCCUUCUGGUAGGGCCUCUGGAGAGAAGUGUGGUGGAGGCGGCUGGGGGCUCUGACUCCCUGGAAAGGAAAUCUGUUCUUUCCGUGCUGUCAGGAGAGGGCAGUCUCUUGGGAGGAGGGGCGGAGAAGCUGCCCUUCCUGCUUGGGAUCAACACUUGUCUUCCUAAUUUAAGAACCACAUGGAAUCAUUGACUUGGAAGGGACCUCCGGGGUCAUCUAGUCCAACCUCCUGCACAAUGCAGGAAACCCACAACU